GAAGUUUCAUCUAGCCAUGCGGUGUCUCUAUGGUCAGGUGGGCGGGGCCAGGAGGAAGAUGGCGGCGCCCGCAGCUGCAGCUGAGCCCCAGGCUUCUGGGGGUCCGCGGCACCCAGUGUGUCUGUUGGUGUUGGGAAUGGCAGGAUCCGGGAAAACCACCUUUGUACAGAGGCUCACAGGACACCUGCAUGCCCAAGGCACUCCACCUUAUGUGAUCAACCUGGAUCCAGCAGUACAUGAAGUUCCCUUUCCUGCCAAUAUUGAUAUUCGUGACACUGUAAAGUAUAAAGAAGUCAUGAAACAAUAUGGACUUGGACCCAAUGGUGGCAUAGUGACCUCACUCAAUCUCUUUGCUACCAGAUUUGAUCAGGUGAUGAAAUUUAUUGAGAAGGCCCAGAACAUGUCUAAGUAUGUGUUGAUUGACACACCUGGACAGAUUGAGGUAUUCACUUGGUCAGCUUCUGGGACAAUUAUCACUGAGGCCCUUGCAUCCUCAUUUCCAACAGUUGUCAUCUAUGUAAUGGACACAUCGAGAAGUACCAACCCAGUGACCUUCAUGUCCAACAUGCUCUAUGCCUGCAGCAUCUUGUACAAAACCAAGCUACCUUUCAUCGUGGUCAUGAAUAAAACUGACAUCAUUGACCACAGCUUUGCAGUGGAAUGGAUGCAGGAUUUUGAGGCUUUCCAAGAUGCCUUAAAUCAAGAGACUACAUAUGUCAGUAACCUGACUCGUUCAAUGAGCCUGGUGUUAGAUGAGUUUUACAGCUCACUCAGGGUGGUGGGUGUCUCUGCUGUUCUGGGUACUGGAUUAGAUGAACUCUUUGUGCAAGUUACCAGUGCUGCCGAAGAAUAUGAAAGGGAAUAUCGUCCUGAAUAUGAACGUCUGAAAAAAUCACUGGCCAGUGCAGAGAGCCAACAGCAGAGAGAACAACUGGAACGCCUUCGAAAAGAUAUGGGUUCUGUAGCCUUGGAUGCAGGGACUGCCAAAGACAGCGUAUCUCCUGUGCUGCACCCUUCUGAUUUGAUCCUGACUCGAGGAACUUUGGAUGAAGAGGAUGAAGAAGCAGACAGCGAUACUGAUGACAUUGACCACAGAGUUACAGAGGAAAGCCAUGAAGAGCCAGCAUUCCAGAAUUUUAUGCAAGAAUCGAUGGCACAAUACUGGAAGAGAAACAAUAAAUAGGAGACUUUAGGACACUUGUUUCUAGAAGUCCAGAAUUUUGGACCUCCACGUGAAAGAACUAUCCUUACCUCUGACUGGGGGCUCCCAUAAGGGACAAUUUUCCUCAGAGUGGCAGAGUUUCUCUUAUUAGAGAAAUCUUGUGACUCAGAUGAAGUCAGGGAUAGAAGAUCCUUGGACCUGGCAGGUUAACACUGAUUAUCCCUUGGCCUUUCCCUUGUAUUUAUGCAAGGAAGGAUAUACUGAGCUGAUACUCUUCCAAGCCUACAACUUCAAGUUUAUUAUCUGAACUCAAGUACUUUUGCUGCUGAGGAAUGAAAUCAAAAGAACAUAGUCUCCUCGUGACCACCUCAGAUCUCUAUUAUUAGGCUAGAUGUAUAGCCUUUAUUACCCCAGCUUCUUGCCCUUGACCCUGCACCGUGAGCUGCCCUUCUAUUAGCAGCCAGGGAAAAGGGAAACAUGAGCUUAUCCAGAAUGGCAGCAGUCUCCUUGGCAAUCAACCAACAUUGCUAUGAAGUAUGCCUCAUACUGUAUAGCUCAUUAUAGGACAUCAGGUUUGUUGAAGACAGUGGGAAAGACAUGAUAAAUGAAUCAGAAUCCUGUUUCAUUGGUGACUUGGAUAAAGAGUUUUUAAUUUUAAAUUU